AUGGCCAGCGCGGCAAAGUCGCGCUGGGCCGACGCAGAAGAGGAUGCAGCCUUUGAGGAGAAGCGGCGGAGAGACAAGGAGAAGAAGGAAGAAAAGAAGCGGCUAAAGGCGAUCGAGAGGGCCAAAAAGGAGGCCGCCGAAGCGGCACGGAAAGCAGUGGCAGCACAAAGCCAGCAGGACGACGACACAGACGAUGGCGUGGACGGCGACGGUCGCCCAUUGAAACGGCGAAAAUACACACCCGAGCGCGACGACGUCCGGCGAGCGCCGCCACCACGAGGCGGCCGCAAAGAACGAAGCGACAUCACAGCCGCCCCCGAGGGCCGUCUUUUGCGGCUGAGCGGCGGCGCCCUCCCCGACCCCUGCCGCAGCGUCGAGCGCUACGACAAGCUCAACGACAUUGAAGAAGGCGCCUACGGCUGGGUGGCACGGGCCAAGGACCGGGCGACGGGCGAGGUGGUGGCCCUGAAACGGCUCAAGCUGGACCCGCACGACCGCAGCGGCGUGCCCGUCACGGGCCUGCGGGAGAUCCAGCUGCUCAGAGACUGCGCGCACCGCAACGUCGUGGCGCUGCGCGAGGUGGUGGUCGGCGAGCGGCGGCCCAUUGACAACAUUCUGCUGGUGCUCGAGUUUGUCGAGCACGACGUGAAGAGCAUCCUGGAAGACAUGCCGCAGCCCUUUUUGGCGUCCGAGGUCAAGACGCUGCUGCGGCAGCUGGCGGCGGGCGUGGCGUACCUGCACGGCCGCUGGAUCCUGCACCGGGACCUCAAGACGUCGAACCUGCUGCUCAACAACCGCGGGCAGCUCAAGAUUGCCGACUUUGGCAUGGCCCGGUACUACAGCGAGGAGGCGGCCACGCCGUCGUCAUCGUCGUCGUCGUCGUCGUCGGCCGGCUGCCACCUCACGCCCCUCGUGGUCACGCUGUGGUACCGCGCCCCCGAGCUGCUGCUGGGCGCCCGGCGCUACGGUCGCGCCGUCGACCUGUGGAGCGUCGGCUGCAUCUUUGGCGAGCUGCUGACGCGCGAGCCGCUGCUGCAGGGCAAGAACGAAGUCGAUGAGCUGAAGCGCAUCUUUGACCUGUGCGGCGUGCCGACGGACGCCACGUGGCCAGGGUUUCGGAGGCUGCCCAACGCACGGGCCCUGCGGCUCCCGUCGUCACCCUCCACAACAGCAACAGCAACAGCAACAACAACAACAGCCGCCAUCCGCGCCAAGUUCCCGCUCCUCACGACGGCCGGCUGCCACUUGCUGUCGUCGCUGCUGUCCCUCGACCCGGCCAAACGGCCGACGGCCGACGAGAUGCUGGACCACGAGUACUUCCGGCAGGACCCGCGGGCCAAACAAGAGGCCAUGUUCCCGACGUUUCCGAGCAAGGCGGGCCAAGAGCGGCGGCGGCGGCGGGACACGCCGAAUGCGCCGCAGCGCGGGGCGGCCGUGGCAGACCUGGGGGCCGUGGACUUUACGGGCAUCUUUGGCAGGCGCGACAAAGAAGAGCGCGGCGCCGGGUUCUCAUUACGAAUGGUAUAG